AACGAACAAUCCCCUUUAGAAUAGUCCAUGAAAAACUUCAAAAACUCCCACCAUUAAAAUCAAAAUGUAUCCAUUGACAAGAUGAUGCAGAAGAAGAAGAAGCAGAGGGUGGUGGAAAGUACUUGAACAAACCUCACAAUCACCCCAAAACACCUCCAUAACCAAAGAUGUUAACCCUCCAAAAUAAGCACACAGCAGCAAAACUUGUAUCUGCAGCUGCCUCUCUAGCUGCCGUGGCUAUUCUAAUUCGAAAAAUCACCAAGAACUUCAUGCCCAGUGAAGUCCAUGGAUGCUUCUCCUCAUCACAACUUACCAUCAUCAUAGAAGAAUUCCAAGCUGGGGUUGCUGUAAAUAAAUUGUUUGAAGCUGCUGAUAUCUACUUGGGCGCAGACAUGGCUGGUUCAGUUCGAAAAGUUAAGGUACUAAAGGACAGGAAGGAGAAGAAGAUGGAGGUCACCAUGGACAGGAACGAGGAGAUGACUGAUGUUUUUGAGAACAUCCGAGUGAAGUGGACAUUGGUCUGUAAAGAGGCCAAAAACCCUAAUGGGAAUCUUGACUUACAAUCAGAAGAGAGAUCAUAUGAGCUGAGUUUCAGCAAGGAGCACAAGGGCCUGGUGCUGAACUCCUACCUGCCAUACAUUCUAGAAAGAUCAAAGGCUAUCAAGGAAGGGAACAAAGCACUGAAGCUUCAUACAGUGAUGAGCAGAAGCUGGCAGGCGGAUGCAAUCAAUAUCGAUCACCCCAUGACCUUCCAGACUCUGGCCAUGGAUUCAGAGCUGAAGAAGGCGCUGGUGGAUGACCUGGACAACUUCAUCAAUGGGAAAGACUACUACAGAAGAAUUGGGAAAGCUUGGAAGAGAGGGUACCUGGUGUAUGGGCCUCCAGGGACGGGGAAAUCAAGCUUGAUUGCAGCCAUGGCGAAUCACCUGAAGUAUGAUAUCUAUGACUUGGACCUCAGAGCCAUAUACAACAACUCAGAUCUCAAGCUGUUGCUGCUUGCCAUGUCCAGUAGAUCAAUACUUGUCAUGGAGCAUGUUGACUGCAUGUUCAAUAUUCUGCAGAGCCAAGAAGAAGAUUGCUCGUGGGCGCCUCGGAAAAAUCAGGUAACGCUUUCGGGUUUGCUGAACUUCAUAGACGGUGUAUGGUCAUUCUGUGGCGACCAGGGACGGAUCAUCAUCAUCACCACGAAUCACAGAGACAAGCUUGAUCCGGCUCUGCUGAGGCCCGGCCGUAUGGAUAUGCAUAUCCACAUGUCAUACUGCACCGUUUCCGCAUUCAAGCAGCUUGCCUUCAACUGCCUUGGGGUUAGGCACCAUCCUCUCUUUCAACAAAUUGAAGGGCUGAUCAGUAAGGUUGAGGUGACUCCGGCAGAAGUCUCGGGCGAGCUGAUGAAAAGCAAAGAUCCCGGUACCUCCCUCCAAGGCCUGAUCAACUUCCUCUGCAACAAAAUCAAGGAAGAUGGAGGAGAAGCUGCAGAGUAAAUGGAAAGAAUGCUGAAAAUAUUGAAUUUAAGGACAACAGAGGAAGAUGCUAAAUACAAUCUCAUUGAACCAAGAAUUCAUGGAAGAAAUAUGUGUUACAUCCUUAUUC